UGGAAGUGCAGGGCAGAGGGUGGUCCCUGUUGAAACAAUAAAAGUUGGCUGAGAAACUCCUCAGAGAAACAUGCUGAAAUUCAGGGCACAGGAAUACUGUUUUACACCUGCCUGACUUUCUGAUGCUCUUCUGACAAGGAGCGACAACAGCUUUACAGACAACCAUCCAGCUGCAAGAGGAAAGCAUUUGCCCAUUGAAUCCCAGGCACCCAGUGGUUCCACGUCCAGGCCGCCACAGAAAGCCCAUGACGGCUCCAAAGACUGAGAAAGACAAGGCGUCUAAGAGGAAGAAAGUGUUGUUCACUGUCCUGACUGUGAUAGUGCUGCUGGGGAUCCUGGUCACCGCCGCGUAUUUCAUUAAGCAGCUGAUUGAGACCAAGUACUUCUUCUGUUCGGGUUCAGUGAAGUUCAUCCCAUUAGAGCAAACCUGUGAUGGGAAAGAUGACUGUUCUGGAGGAGAGGAUGAAAUUACUUGUUUGUCAAAAUAUACGGUCAACACCACCUUCCCAGUGCGUCUCAACUCAAAUAAGAACAUCCUGCAGGUGUACAGUCCCGGCUCAGGCUGGAGGAGUGUGUGCAGUGACGACUGGAGCGAGCAGCACACACAGAGAGCAUGCAAGCACCUGGGCUACACACAAAAACCUCUUCACACCAAUGUCCCAGUGAGAACUUUAAUGAACUCCCUGAAAGCUGGACCUUUCGCAGCCAUCAAGCCAGAGAAGAAAAACACACCCAUACAUCAGGCUACCAUUGAUCGGCGUGUUUGCAAAACCGGAUCUGUGAUAUCUUUGUCCUGUUCAGACUGCGGCGCGGUGGGCUUCCAGGACCGUAUCGUCGGGGGCACGGAUGCCGUCAUCGAGGACUGGCCCUGGCAGGUCAGCCUGCAGCAGGGGGGACAACAUACAUGUGGAGGCUCGCUGGUGUCCCCACGUUGGGUGGUCACUGCUGCCCACUGCUUUACAGGCAGUAAAAAGGAGCUGAGUCGCUGGAGAGUGGUGUCAGGCCGGACAAACAUGGGCUCGCUGGGAGGUUCCUAUGUCGACAGAAUCAUCGUGAACGGCAACUACGACCCAGCGCGCAACGACUACGACUUGGCGCUGAUGAGACUCAAGAGCCCGAUCACAGUGGGAGCCGCCCGGAAACCUGUAUGUCUCCCCCCUAAAGCCUUGGGCCUGUCUGCUGGAGCCUCCAUGGCUGUGACUGGCUGGGGAUACCUGGAGGAAAAUGGUAACGUUUCUCCUACCCUUCAGAAGGCCACUAUCCCUCUGAUAGACCACACUGUGUGUUCCAGUCCAUCAGUGUACGGGAAAUCCAUAACCGAUAGGAUGAUGUGUGCCGGUUUCCCGGAGGGGAAGGUCGAUGCUUGCCAGGGGGACAGUGGGGGUCCUCUGGUGCACUUCACCUCCUCUAGGUGGCAUCUGGUUGGAGUGGUGAGCUGGGGCGUCGGCUGUGCCCGGAAAGGAAGGCCCGGUGUUUACUGCAACGUGGAAGAAAUGGUCAACUGGAUCAAUACGGUCAUUGAGAAAAACCCCUGAAGGCGUCCACCACAGAACGCUUGACGACCCUUGACAGAAACUAGCGCAAAAGUAUCAGUUUGGUUAACCAAAGACGUGUCACAGAAAGAGAGGAUGGGGAAGUGAAAGACAUAUCUCCAUAACAAACUGUUAGACACACACUCGCACAAACGCACAUUUCACACAAGUUUUGUUUGUGCCAUUUCAGGUUCUUAUCUCAGGGGUAUAUUUAUGUAGCUGUCAGUUGCUGGCCAGUCUGAGGUCUCCAUAGCAGAAUACUCAUGCAAACAUGUUUUGAGCAUUGACAGAUCCAGGUCUUUGACUCAAUAAAACAAUAUCAAUUUGUGUCAAAUACAAACAGAAUAUGUGAUCUCUGAAACUUGCAUGAGGAUAAAAGUUAAUAACCGUUUUAACUGUGAAGAUGUUGUACAUUACCAGACUGGCCGACCUCAGGCGUCAUGUACUUGAUGAAUGUUUUUAGGUGUAAGAUGUGUUGUGAGGGAUCAUAGGGUAAACUUCUGUGUGUCAGGAGGAGUCAAUGUGAAGCCUCAGGUUAAUCUCAGCAGUCCAAUUCAGUUUAAUGCGUUUGUGGUGCUGAUUCACUUGAUCUGUUGUGUGUCACUAUUAAAAGGGCAGACGCACUUUUUUACAGUACAGACGGUGUUCGCUCUCUACCGCAGAAUGAUAAGACAAAAGCACUUUAAUUGGAAAGUGAGAACUACUUGAUGUUAGUGUGUGUGUGUGUGUGUGUGUGUGUGCAGGUUAUUCAAGUGACUAGUCUAAUAAUGCACUGAAGACUGUAAAAAUCUCACGGUGCCUUCAUACAGUCUUAAAGUGCACUUAGAUUUCCACUGGGCCUUCGGAAAGAUUCAGGCCUUAUUUAAGGUGGUGGUCAAGUUGUUUUUAACCAUCACAGCCAAGGGAUAUAAAUAUCACUUCCUAAAAUUCAAAACUGUAUGUUAAUUUUUCACAUUUGUGCACUCAGCCGAAACCCCCCACACAGUUUCGUCCUUUUUAAGCAUCAGUGAAGCAAGGUAAAAAAGACCUUUUUUAUUUAUCAUUUGGUUUACAGGCUUAAACAAAAGUAGAAAUAAGCACUUGACUUUAAAAGUGAGUCAACAUAUUGUAUAUACUGUAUAUUAAAAAAUACUGAACACAGAUAGGAUCCUUUUUUAAGGUUUGCAUACAAUUUGGCACAUUUGACUGUAUAUAUGGUACUUUUUGAUUUUAUGUGUAAAUAUGUUGUAAAUACAGUAAAAUAAAGACAUCUCGAUUUUAAUUUA